AUGGUUAACAAAACCAUCAAAAUCACUCCUCCUCAAGCCAAUAACCCCGGGAAUGACUCUAAGUUCUCCUGCAUAAACUCAAGGAUCCCCGUUGCACGCCCCAUCUGCCCUGAAAUCGUUUCUGGUGUACCUCCGAGAAAGGUCUUCGAGCAGUCACUUUUCAAGCAAAGACGAAAGCAGAGUGGUACCUCUAGAGGUGAGAUGAAGGAAGAAGAUACAAUUGGUAUAGAUAUCUGGAACGACGAUGAUACCAGACAAGGAGUGGAGUCAACUGACAGUGAAGGGAUGAGUUCUACGAUGGGCAAGACAAGUUUGUGGUGGAAUCAAAAGAAGAAUAUGCGGUACUGUUAG